AUGGCUACGAGGAGAGCACGUGCCUCCUCGUCACAGACCAGCAAGCAGCCUGUCGUCAUUUCAGGACAGGAAGAACCGCACUCAACACAACACAACAUCAAGACAUCCCGGAAAGCAACGCAACGGAGAAGAAAUCCGAAUGACUGUGAAGCGCUACAUAGUCAACAAGAUGCGAUUGAGAACUCACGAAGCAGCGAGUACCGUUUGUUGGGGCACCGCCAGCGCAAAGCGUCACUUCAUGAACGCGGUGCGCUGCAUCGUACGUCGACAGUACUCCGUUGCUCAAGCUACCAUGCCGAUCUGCGAAAGCUGCUGCUGCUUCGAUUUCGAAGCGCCACGGGUGGCGGCAGGGUUGGCGGCGUUGACGGCCGCGUCUUGGACAUCCUUGAGAGGACCGGCGCAGUCGUCACCACCCCGCCAGAGUAUUACCCCGUUCCCGACGUGGAGACUGAGGUCGAGGUGGGAACCUCCCGUGCAGCUACUAGCCGGGGGCCGAGCGACGUCGACCUGCAACCAAUACCCCUCCAGCCACAAGUGCCGCAGCCCGGACCUUCGCAGCCGCAGCCCGGACCUUCGCAGCCGCAGCCCGGACCUUCGCAGCCGCAGCCCGGACCUUCGCAGCCGCAGCCCGGACCUUCGCAGCCGCAGCCUGGACCUUCGCAGCCGCAGCCCGGACCACAGCCUCAACCCCGCCGAAGACAGCCCAGGCAGCUGGAGGAAGCUGUGUGCCGGGCUACGGCUGAGUACGUGCGGCAGGGCCAGUGUGCUGAUGCGAGGGCCGUGGCAGACCGCAAGUUCCACCACAAGAUGUUGGAGCAAAACCGGCGUCAUCACGAGGCCCAGAUGGCCAGCCAAGAACGGCUGGAAAACCAGCUCUGCCGCCUGACCGAAGAGGUGGGCCGGCUGCGCCACGUUCAGCAGCAGCGCCUCGACCUAGAGCGCAGGGCGAAUGACUGUACUCAGCGCCUGCUGCAGCAACUUUUGGAGGCCCUGGCCGGUGGGGCUGCACUAGUCACUCGCCCACCUCAGCCUCCUAGCGCCUAAAUUUUAUUGAUAUAUACUGAGUAUGCACACCGCAAUGAAACGAAGGCAAGAGAAACACACAAACGACAUAGACUGGCACUGACUUCCAACUGAAUUAUUGAAAAGCAUGAAGCCCGCUUUUACGCAUGUGCACAUCUUAUCAGCAACUGAAACGAGUCAUGGGUGAGCAUACAUCUCUCUGUCACUUAGAUACACGCUUGGCGUAAUUACACACUUGAUACCGGAUUUCCUAAUGUGGGCUGCCUCGAAGUGCAUUUACACUUGUUGCAGUGAUAUGCAAGAUGUCCGCCUGAAUUGUUUUUUUACAAAAAAAAAUACUCUUGUGCUCUGAUGUUGAAAUGUAGCCCGCCGGCCCAAUGUACUCUUUUCCACAGCGGAGUGGCAUCUUGUAUUGCACGUGAGGCACACAGUCGGUGUAACGAUGAGCAUGCUUCUUCGUGCAGGAUUUUUUCUCUUCUUUGGUGAGCAUAGGGCAAAUCUGACCUAACUUACAAGGCGCAGAAAACACCACUUUGACGUCAUACCUUUGGGCGAUCUUCUUAAGAUUGCGAUGUGGUGUGAAAGUGGUGUUUUCUGCGCCUUGUAAGUUAGGUCAGAUUUGCCCUAUGCUCACCAAAGAAUAGAAAAAAUCCUGCACGAAGAAGCAUGCUCAUCGUUACACCGACUGUGUGCCUCACGUGCUAUACAAGAUGCCACUCAGCUGUGGAAAAGAGUACAUUGGGCCGGCGGGCUACGUUUCAACAUCAGAGCACAAGAGUAUUUUUUUUUUGUAAAAAAACAAUUCAGGCGGACAUCUUGCAUAUCACUGCAACAAGUGUAAAUGCACUUCGAGGCA